CGGUUCUCAUCCGCGCCGUCCAUUAGACCCUUCUCCGCCGUCCGUUCCCCUCUCUCUUCCUCGCCCUCGGCCACCCGGCGCCUCCUUCCCUCCCUACUCUCUCUCCACAUGGCGGCGGCGGCGGCUCUCCGGUGCAACCCGCGGCCCUCUGCGGCGGUUGCUCUCCGCGGUGCCGCCGCAGCCCCGCAGGUCGGGAAUGAGGCUGCCUUCGAGCUGCUGGUCGGUGCCACCGAGCCUUGCCUGCGGGGCCGGAGGAGGGGUGCGGGGAUUCGGUGCCAGCGAAGUGCGGCUGCCAGCGCGGUCGUCGUCGAGAAGAAGAGUCGCGCGGUGGAGCCGGCGCGGGAGGGGGCCAAUGCCGGUCACACGGAGUCGGAGCUCACCGUGGUGAUGAAGUUCGGCGGGUCGUCAGUGGCGUCGGCCGAGCGGAUGCGGGAGGUGGCCGAUCUCAUCCUCAGCUUCCCCGAGGAGCGGCCGGUGAUCGUACUCUCCGCCAUGGGGAAGACCACCAACAAGCUUCUGAUGGCUGGGGAGAAAGCGGUGGGCUGUGGUGCAACAAAUGUGUCGGAGCUUGAUGAGCUCACCUUUAUUAAGGAAUUGCAUUUUGGGACCAUUGAUCAACUUGGAUUGGAUAGGUCAAUUGUUUCCGGCUUGUCGGAUGAGCUUGAGCAACUUCUUAAGGGAAUUGCUAUGAUGAAAGAGCUUACUCUUAGGACAAGAGACUAUCUUGUUUCCUUCGGUGAAUGCAUGUCAACAAGGAUAUUUGCGGCACUUUUGAAUAAACUUGGGGUGAAAGCACGUCAGUAUGAUGCAUUUGAAAUAGGCUUUAUAACCACUGAUGAUUUCACAAACGCUGAUAUUCUGGAAGCAACUUAUCCUGCCAUUGCAAAGAGGCUACAUGGGGACUGGGUUACUGGUCCUGCUAUUCCAAUAGUCACUGGUUUUCUCGGAAAGGGAUGGAAAACUGGUGCAAUCACCACUUUAGGCAGGGGUGGUAGUGACCUGACAGCUACUACCAUUGGCAAAGCCUUGGGAUUAAGAGAAAUCCAGGUUUGGAAAGAUGUUGAUGGUGUUUUAACUUGUGAUCCUAAUAUUCAUCCAAAUGCGAAACCUGUGCCAUACUUGACAUUUGAUGAGGCAGCUGAACUUGCCUAUUUUGGUGCACAGGUUUUGCAUCCACAAUCGAUGCGACCAGCUAGAGAAGGUGAUAUACCUGUCAGGGUUAAAAACUCUUAUAACCGCCGAGCCCCUGGUACACUCAUUACUAAAGCUAGAGAUAUGAGUAAGACUGUUUUGACUAGUAUUGUACUUAAAUCAAAUAUUACAAUGCUUGAUAUAGUGAGCACACGGAUGCUUGGACAAUAUGGUUUUCUAGCUAAGGUCUUUUCAAUUUUUGAAGAUUUGGGCAUCUCUGUUGAUUGUGUAGCUACAAGUGAAGUCAGCAUAUCUUUGACCCUGGAUCCAUCAAAACUCUGGAGUCGUGAAUUGAUCAAGCAGGCAAAUGAACUUGAUCAUGUCAUCGAAGAACUUGAAAAGAUAGCAGUUGUUCACCUACUGCAGCAUAGAUCGAUAAUUUCGUUAAUUGGAAAUGUGCAGAGGUCAUCUUUGAUUCUUGAAAAGGCUUUCAACGUUUUACGUACAAAUGGAGUUAAUGUUCAGAUGAUCUCACAAGGGGCAUCCAAGGUGAACAUUUCCUUGGUGGUCCAUGACAGUGAGGCAAAGCAGUGCGUUCAAGCCCUCCACUCAGCAUUCUUUGAGAGUGGUUUCUUGCCAGAAGUCAAUGAUAUUCUGCAGGACGACUCUGUGGCACAUUCCAAUGGCACAGUUUACAGGCAUUAGUCAGAAGUUUAAUCCUUAUGUUGUACUGUAGUUAUACCAUUUGCAGCCUCAGAAUCUGAUCGUUCUCAGGCUAAAAACCCAAUGUUGUAGGAGGGAAGGAGCAAUUCCGGCUUUUUAUAGUAUUCUAGUUGGCUCUGGUUUACUACCAAAAUGGGCAUACUACCAUUGUUACCAUUCUUUGCAGAGCAAGUAAUUGCUAGGGAGCUAGUAGCCUAGUACCCGUUCCUAUUUGCAAAAUGUCCACAUUCACAGGCCAAGUGCUUGUGUGGUUGGGCACGUUAGUUUCUGACAAAAACUAACAUAGCAUGUGCAUUACACUUGCUUUAUAUUCUCGAAAUAA